AUGAUAGGAUGCGGCUGCCACCGGUGCGAGUACGCUCGACGCAAUCCUGACUUUAAAGAUGGGCUGGUUGUGUGCUUAGCCCUGGCGGAUGAAACAGAGGGAAAGGUGUUUCUCAUCGAUGCAACCCCAGAUCUCCGCGAGCAACUUUGGUACAUCCAGCACCCGAAACGAAAAGGUGACAGUGGACGCCCGUUGGAGCUUGGGGGUAUACUUUUGACCCAUGCACAUAUUGGGCACUAUACUGGAUUACUUCAACUCGGCAAAGAGGAAGCAGACAUGAGGGGUGUGCCGGUUUUCUGCACCCCGAGCAUGGCAUCCUUUUUGCGCAGCAAUCAGCCCUGGCGCCAGCUGACGGACCGAGGCAACAUCGCCAUUCAGGAGUUGGACAUGGACGCGACCGACAACUCCAAAGACGCGGUGCCGGUUCAGCUCACGCGCUCGCUGUCCGUUCUUCCCGUGCCUGUUCCCCACCGGGCGGAACUUUCCGAUACGGUGGCGUACGUGGUUUCAGUGGCAUCGCGAGCUGUGGAUGCCUCCGAUACGGCCGUUUCUCACGCGCCUAAGCUGGAUCUUGGACCUCCCGCAGAGGUCUCAAGUGGCGAAAACGAUACGAUGAAGCUCCUUUACUGCCCCGACACGGAUGGCUGGUCGGACUGGAAACGGAGCAUCAGCAGCUGGUGCAAUGAGGUAGACGUGGCGUUACUGGACGCGACCUUUCACGGCAAGGGGGAGCUGAAGGGCCGUGAUAUGAGCGAGGUGUCUCACCCCAUCGCAACAGAGACCAUGGCUCAACUAGCUGGCUGUAAGGCCGAAGUUGUUCUCAUACACCUCAACCACACCAACCCGCUUCUCACGGCGGACUCGCCCGAGCGUGCUCAAGCGGUAGCAGCGGGUUACAAAGUGGGUUCGUUCGGCAUGGAAUGGGCUCCAACUUUGAAGACACCCGCGGGCAGCAGAGCUUAGGCAUGUACAAACGACGCUUGGCCUUGGCUGUUGCGGUGCAAGUUUUUUGGACCAACCGAUUGCACGAAAGCACUCGGGCACAUGACUAUUGUCAUGAAGACAUGUCAAAACGAGUCCGUGCGUCCGACACGGGCAAGAAUCAGGUCCCCGCCCCCCCAUCUGACGAGCAGGGACAAGCACAAGCACAACACGAGUGACAGUAAAUAUUCAUCAGGAUACGGCUCGGCCGUAUGUUCGGCCUAAUCCAAUUAUUUGCGUUCGUGAUGGAACGCCUACAAUACAUGGUACAUUGGCGCUGGAUCCAGAGAGUAAAACGACCCUGAACAUCCCUGUCAACACUUUGUUGCCCACACCAGCUCUCGUCGGCUCCGCGCGUAUCAGUCUCGUUUGGUUGCACAAUUUCGUGCCUCACGUUACUGCCGUCGGUGACGCAUGCACACAAAACAUGGUACUUAGAUGGCGCUGGAUCCAGACCCUUUCCGCAUCACCAGUAAAACGACCCUGAAUAUCCUUGGCAAGACUUUGUUGCCUACAACGACACUCGUCGGCUUCGCGCGUAGUAGUCGUUUGGUUCUGCAAUUUCGUGCCUCACGUUUUCUACCGUUGGUGACGCACGCCUGCAAAACACGGUACGUUGAUGGCGCUGGAUCCAGAUCCUUACGGCAUCACCAGUAAAACGACCCUGAACAUCCCUCUCAAGACUUUGUUGCCUAUAACGACUCUCGUUGGCUUCGCCCCUUCUCGCAAAUGUU